UAAGUAAUUGCAUAUUUAAUUAAGUCGAAAUAUAAAACUUAGUUAUUUUAAUAAUUUAAAAAAUAAAAAACUGACAAACAUUUCAAUUUAAUUUAUGGUUGGAACAAAAGACAGUUAUUUUUCAUUAAUUGAAAUAUUGCAAUGCAGAGUACUUUCCAAAAUACGCCGAGAGUAUUCCUGAUGGUGAAACGAGCGUUGCUUCAUCGAACGCAGCUAAAGAAAACAACAUCUAUGUAGUUGGUGGUACGAUGCCUGAAAUAGAGGGCGCUAAAUUGUACAAUACCUGUACUAUUUGGGGUCCCGAUGGAACUUUGAUAGCAAAACACCGAAAGGUACAUCUAUUCGACAUCGACAUUCCUAAUAAGAUUACUUUUCGAGAGAGUGAUUCACUCAGUCCUGGUAACUCCCUAACGACGUUCGAUGUGAAGGGCUGCAAAAUAGGUAUUGGCAUUUGCUAUGAUAUUAGAUUCGAGGAAAUGGCACGCAUUUAUCGGAACAAAGGUUGCCAAAUGCUGAUAUAUCCAGCGGCAUUCAAUAUGACCACUGGACCACUGCACUGGUCAUUACUUCAGCGUUUCAGAGCGAAUGAUAAUCAAUUAUACGUUGCCUGCAUAUCACCGGCUCGUGUUCCUUAAGCAAGUUACGUCGCAUGGGGACAUACACAGUUGACCAAUCCCUGGGGAAAGAUUCUUUACGAUUUGGAAACUCAAGAGAAUAUGGCAGUCACCGAUAUCGGUAAUUUACAGCUUAAAAUUAAAAGCGAGAGAUCCAUGAUGUAAUUAAUUUUUAGUCUCGUUAAUUUAUCGAUUUAGCCAUCUUCCUCUGUAUUUGUUGAAUUUAUUAGUAAGCAUUACUUAUUACUUCGUAUGUUUCUUUUUUCUAUCAGAUCUAAAAGUUGUUGAGGAAGUAAGGGCUCAGAUACCUACAUUUUCUCAGAGACGUACAGAUUUGUACGACACUGUCCGUAAGAAGGAGUAACUCUACACUAAAACAGAAAAUGUUUUUUUAUAAUAUUUCUACUACGAUAUCCUUUUUUUUGUGAAUUAUUACUAAUUUCUUAUCAUUUGUACUAAAUGAAUGACUCAAUUAAGAAAACCAAAACGUUAUAAAUAAUAAUCUGUAUAUCUUGUGUAUCAACAUGUAAUUGGAUAUUAUAAUAAUAUAGGAAUGCUAUAAUAAUAUAGGAUAAUAAUAUAGGAGAAUAGUAAUAUAGAAAAAAACUACAUGCUUUUAAACACCUUUAAUAUCGAUCACAUAAAUUGUUAUAAUUCACAAUGAUUACGCAUACAUAAAAGACCCCUUGAUAGUAAAAUUUACGAUCAAAAGGCAAUUACGUAUCGUUUAACAACAUUUAAUUUAUAACACCUUUUAAACAUUUAGACAGAUUAACACAUAACACUUCUUAUAUAUAAACAUCAAUUCGAAGUUAUCAGCUUGGAGAAAUUGGUCGAUUAAUACCUGUAGAUUGUCUGUCUCGAUGAAAGACUUAAAGAGAGCAAAAACAUGAUAAUGCCGCUAAUAUAAUAUUCCUUCUUUCUUGUAUCUGUCUGCCUCUCAGGUCGUUUUACUAAUUACAAUAAGUAAUUUCGCCUUCUUUGCGCUCUCUUUUAACGCAUUCGAGACCGAAAGAAAUUCAUAUCAGUCAGUAGGCAAGGGUAUAGUAUACAUAUUUUAUAUAUAACUUAUGUAGUAAUGUAUAUAUCAUGUUAAUUUCAUAUUUUUUUCAAUAUAGAAUUAUUAUAUAUAUAUAUAUAUAUAUAUAUAUAUAUAUAUAUAUAUGACUGUACAUAAUACAUUAUAGAAUAACAUAGUAUAUAAUUUUAUAUUUUAAAAAUAUGAGGCAUACUAUUUAAGAUUGUCAUCGAUUUAAAAUCAAAGUAUGAAAAGAAUACCCUGGAGAGAGUAAAACACAGAAUCAUUCUAACUAAACAUUCAGAUCGUACCGACACCUAGGUAUCGUCUUACAAUUAAAUCUCGGUCUCGAAUGGAUUAAAAUGAAAUACAUACUUGCAGCUUCAACAUCUUCAAUAUCGAGAAGAUUCAAACUUUACAAAUAAAUGUAAAUUGCGAUGUAAAACAACGCGAUGUAAAAAGGGAAAAAGGAGGAAAGAAGGAACAGGGAAGCAAAGAGAAGAAACGAAUUUUUCAUUUUCUCUUGCCAGGAAUAUAAGAUGCCAAGUAAUCUUCCUAAGUAAUCUCCUCCAGCUUUUUCUAGUUUGAUCAAUAAUUAUUAGUACAUGUUAGGAAAACAAAUAGAAUUUUUGUUCUCAAGCGAGGUAUAAUCUAAAUUUUGUAUGUACACAAAAAUGUUAAAUAUCUGUAAUAAACAUGGUAUAAUCAAUUUUUUUACAUAAAA